CGUGUUCCUUCCUCUUUAAGCAUCUUUUUAACUAACUGUGGUAAAGUAGUCGGGUUGACGUUGUCAAGACAAUUUUAUUUUGAAAGAUGUGACCGGAAUAGAACGUUCUUCUUUGCGCGUCCGCGGCCGACGCUCAGGACAAGCCCCUCAUUGAUGUAAGCAGUGCCCACGGCUUAAAUGAGCCUCGUUCAGGAGGAGUGUUUCUUAGUUCUGACACGGACAGGGAGCGAACAGGGUCGGAGUCUCCCCCCUUCCUCCUCUCCUCCAUUUCUCUCUGUCUCCCCCCCAUCCAUCUUCCAGCGGUAUGCGUCUUUUGGAUACCUACCUCGACUAGAGCGCGUCACUCGGCCCCGACCGCUCCAUCUCCACAUGCCACCGCCACUGGGGUCCGCUGGAUGCUGUAUUUACGCUGAUGAUGCCUGGCUAAAGGGCUCGCGGCAGUGCUCAGCUUGCAGCGCAACGCAGCGGGGUCGCGUGGCGAAGAGGAGCUCGGUGCAGCCCGUCGUCUCGGUGCGUGGCUCCGCGUAAUGGAUUUACUGUGGUCGGGGGAAAGUUGGAUUUUGUGAGACGCGCAUUUUGGAGACUUAAAAUGGAGAGAACGGCGGGGCGUUUUUAGAAAGGUGCUUUUUGGCUUGGAACCACACCGUCAGAGGAAAUGCACAGAGCGUGGAUACUCUUCUUUCUCAUAGAAGAGGGUUUCGCUCUGGCACAGAAAACUAAAGACUCCCAAAAUGACUACGGCGGCCAGAGCCCCAACCAGAACGACUGUGGCACCUGGGUCCGUAACAUCAACGGCGGGGUGUUCACGUCGCCCAACUACCCCAACACCUACCCGCCCAACAAGGAGUGUGUCUACAUCCUGGAAGCUCUUCCCAGGCAGAGGAUCCAGCUGGCUUUUGAUAAGAACUACUACAUCGAGCCCUCGUUCGAGUGCCGCUUCGACCACAUCGAGAUCCGCGACGGGCCGUUCGGGUUCUCGCCGCUCAUCGACCGCCUCUGCGGCGGCAAGAACCCCGGACUGGUCACGUCCACGGGCCGCUUCAUGUGGCUCAAGUUCACCAGCGACGAGGAGCUGGAGGGCCUGGGCUUUCGCAUCAAGUACACCUUCAUUGCAGACCCCGAUUUCCAUCUGCACGUGGGCGGACUGCUGAACCCCAUCCCAGACUGUCAGUUCGAGAUCAGCGGAUGGGACGGAAUUAUUCACUCCAGUCAGGUAGAAGAGGAGGAACGGGUGAAGCCGGGCGAUGCGCUGGACUGUAUCUGGACCAUCAGGGCUCCUCCUCAGUCCAAGAUUUACCUGCGCUUCAUCGAGUACCAGAUGGAACACUCCAACGAGUGCAAGAAGAACUUUGUGGCCGUGUACGACGGGAGCAGCGCCAUCGAGAACCUCAAGGCCAAGUUCUGCAGCACCGUGGCCAACGACGUGAUGCUGGAUAACGGCGUGGGCGUCGUGCGGAUGUGGGCGGACGAGAAGAGUCGACUGAGCCGGUUCACAAUGCUCUUCACCUCCUUUGUCGACCCCCCGUGUUCGGCCAGCACCUUCUUCUGCCACAGCAACAUGUGCAUCAAUAACUCGCUGGUUUGCAACGGGGUUCAGAACUGUGUCUACCCGUGGGACGAAAACCACUGCAAAGAGAAGCGAUCCAGGGGGCUUUUCCACCAGAUCACUAAGACCCAUGGAACUGUGAUUGGCGUGUCAUCAGGCAUAGUCCUGGUGCUUCUAAUCAUCUCCAUCCUGGUUCAGAUGAAGCAGCCGAGGAAAAAGGUCGUGGCCCGGCGGCCGGGCGUUUUCAACAAGGCCGGAUUCCAGGAGGUCUUCGACCCGCCGCACUACGAGCUCUUCUCCCUCCGGGACAAGGAGAUCUCCUCGGACCUGGCCGACCUGUCCGAGGAGCUGGACAGCUUCCACAAGCUGCGGCGCUCCUCCACCAUGUCGCGCUGCGUCCACGAGCACCACUGCGGCUCGCAGGCCUCGGUGGCCACCGCCGGCGGCAGCAUGAAGCACAGCCGCACCACCCUGAGCUCCAUGGAGCUGUCCUACCACAACGACUUCUCCAAGCCGCCGCCCAUGAAGACCUUCAACUCCGCGGCCGGCUACAAGAAGAGCUGCUACGGCUACAAGCAGCACGCACAGACUCACGACUGCGACCAGCAGGUCAUCGAGGACCGCGUCACGGAGGAGGUCCCGUGCGAGAUCUACGGGCGCGGCGGGGGGGGCGCGGCGGGAGGGGCCUCCGGGGGAGGAGCCAUGGGGGGCGCGUCGGGCAUCGCGGGCGGGGGCAUCGGCGGCUCCGUGGGAAUAACGGGGGGCGUGGCGCUGUCGGGGGCCAUGGGUCUGGCCGGAGGCGUGUCCAUGGCGGGGCCCAGUGGCAUCGCCGGAGGGAUCGGCGGCGGCGGCGGCCUGGCAGGAGCCUGCGGAACCCUCAGCAUCCGGGGCAACAGCGCCCGCAACAGCACAACCAUAGUGGAUCCGCAGCAACGCUCCAUGUCCAUGGACUUCUAGAUGGAGGGGGGGGGGGAGGGGCCCCGGAGUUCACACAAGCGCAGGAGAGUCACCGUUCGCACGCCAAACGCGGCUGCUUCUGUUUCCUCCUCCACCAUUGCCCUCUAAGCAUUAUUAAUAGCACCGUGGGAGCCGAUGAGGGAGCUUCUCUUCCCAUAGUUUCAUGUAGAGCUUUGGAAAGGCGUGGAGUGGGGUUGAGCGCAAAUAAGGGGAAAUCGUUCUCUCUGGAUACAGCGGGAUUCGGAGCGAGUGAAGACAUCGUGUCUCAUCUCCAGUGUUGUACUGAUUCAAUGUGUCCUUCCAUUAGAGACCUACAGAAGGAAUGUUGUCGCAUGCUGACCCAGACUGCGCUCUGAUUGGUCGCCUCCUGGGAAAACCCAUCAGAUCCAGGGAGCUAGACAGAGGCUGAACCUACAUGUAUUCAACUGCAAUGCACAGAUAUAUGAUAUAUGAUAUAUAGUGUGUCUUCUAAUAAUUUAUUUGAGUGUUUUCUUUUUGUCAGUGUAUUGUUACUGUUUCAGCCAGUAUAUACCCAGCCUCAUGAUGAUGCUUGACUUUUAACUCUUCAGUCUUUAUCAGUGUUGCUCCGAUGAUUUGAUGAACUGAACUGUCAAUAAUGAAGAUGAAGUUGAGGCUGCUGCUGAUGAUGAUGACAAAUCAGAGGAUGAGGAGGACAUUGACGUGAUAUAACAAUAAUGUGGUUUGUCAUAAUUACCUCACAAUUAAACAGAGGGUGUGCUCCAUCCACUCUCCUCAGGAAGAGCACGUGAAGAGACUCUUAUUUUGGUAAGAAACACAGUAAGAAAAGACUAUUUUACUCUGUGAGCUUUAUAGCAAAAUAAAGACAAAGUAAUCAUUUAUCGAAUAUGACAUGUUUCAUUGUGAGGCCUGGACUGAAAUAAAAUAGCAACCACCCCCUCCCAGACUCAACCCUUACCAGGAAAACUGUAAUUUCUCUAUGGACUGAGUGUGUAAAACAAGCACAAACUGUUUUCCCUGAAGACACAGACAUGUAGCCUAUAUGGGACACGUUUAUAAUUUUAUCCACUGGUUGUAUAAUUUCAUUCUGUUGAAUUAAAUGAGCGCUUACUCACCUA